CCGGCCGCGCGCUGGCGGGGCUCCGCAUUGCACACUCCGUGGGCGCCGCAGUGAUCGUGGGAUGGGGCAGCGGGCUGCCGCUGGCGGCCGGAAUCCGCACGCAGCCCGGAAUGUAACAAGUAAUCCAUUGGAAUAAAACCAGCAGUUGAGUAACUCAUGCAAAGGUGCCAGUGCUCUCCCGUGGUCCCGAGUCCCCGCUCCAGGGCGCCCUGUAUGAGUGACGCCUGGGCCUGCCAUGGAGCCUGGCCCUGCCCUGGCCUGGCUCCUGCUGCUGAGCCUGCUGGCUGAUUGUCUGAAAGCUGCACAGUCCCGAGACUUCACAGUGAAAGACAUUAUCUACCUCCACCCUUCAACCACACCAUAUCCUGGUGGAUUUAAGUGUUUCACCUGUGAAAAGGCAGCGGACAAUUAUGAGUGCAACCGGUGGGCUCCAGACAUCUACUGUCCUCGAGAGACCAGAUACUGCUACACUCAGCACACGAUGGAAGUCACGGGAAACAGCAUCUCUGUCACCAAACGCUGCGUCCCGCUGGAAGAGUGCUUGUCCACUGGCUGCAGAGACUCCGGGCAUGAAGGCCACAAGGUCUGCACUUCCUGUUGUGAAGGAAAUAUCUGUAACUUGCCGCUCCCCCGAAAUGAAACUGAUGCCACAUUUGCCACAACGUCACCCAUAAACCAGACAAAUGGGCAGCCACACUGCGUGUCAGUGAUAGUGUCCUGCUUGUGGGUGUGGCUGGGACUCACCUUAUAGCAGCUCAAAGGCGCGAUGUGUGGUGGCAAUCUGAGGGGAUCUCGACGGCCCGCAGUCAUGCAUGAGUCAUUGGCCGGGCAACAGUACACACGUGAAACCACAGCACUCAAGGAUGUCUUCCUAGUCAAGCAUCUCCACUUCCCGUGAGGAACAAGCAUUGCUUCAGUCCAAGACCUUAUCAAAGCCAGCCUGCCCCUAAAAUAGACUGAGUUCUAUACCACAGACCUUUGUUUUCACCCCAAGAAAUAGUUCUGCAUUUAUUGAGUUCUGGCUCUUAAUUUGGAAGACAUGCAUGGGCCACAGGAGAUCCUGGGCCCCUCUGAGAUGUUAGGCAACGUGAGUAGUUGUGCAUUUUUCAGGAGAAAGUUAAAGGACUGUUGGUUUAAGUAUAACCAUGAAUUCACAGCUCUAGAAUUUUAAAAUUUUAAUUGCAAAAUGAAUGGACUGUUUCCUCGGAGAUUUCUACUGAGUCCCUAGAAAAGAAGUGAACAAUUUGUCCAAUUUAUGUUUCCAACAUUCUUCUCCCAAUGGCGGGGAUCAUAUUCCCUCUGCUCUGUGUGGGAGAUAAAAAGGCAAUCAUAAAAGUUUGCUGUAUGGGGAGGAGGGCUAGAAAAGGAUUUUUCCUAAUUUAAUGGAAUUUGCAUCCGUAAAGUGGGCAUUUAUCCCUUCGUAUCAUUGGGGAGAUUGGCUUGACUUAGCACCUUGUUAUGCUCCACGCGAUCCUGGUUCUUCCUGGAAUGAUGGGUGUCCCACAGCAGGAUGGGGUGUUCUCUCCGGGCACGGGGUUCUAUUCAGACACAGCUAAUUGAGGCAGAGAGAGGCCUUUAAAAUGAAAGGAGGGAGAAUGUCUGGAGGUUGGUCCUCGUUCACUCUGAGGAUCCAGUGAGUGGCUCAGCCAGAUCUUCCUCCAUCAGCAAGUCAUGCUUCCCAAGAGCUCUCCCCGUUCUUCCUCCUUUCAAAUCCCCAGUGACUUGAGGGGGAAGGUUCUACAUUGAAUUGUCUGGAGAUUCAUAGGGAAAGAAGACAUCAUAUCCUAGGAUGAGAAGUAGGUGAACCAGUGGGAUGGUAGUGAGACUAGUAAGGAGACCUAGUGGGAAGUUUUUAUUUCUUUUAGCUGAUUGCUUUUGAGGUAGACACUAAAAACUUCACCAUCCUUCCUAUAUUUUUGGCACCCCAAGUUACAAUUUUUUCUUCUUCCUUGUAAAUCAUUUAUACAAUAUUUAUUUUUGUAUGGCAUAACUAGAAGCUAAAGUAUAUUGUAAAAGAUUCUUUAUUCUGAACAGAAUGAUCAAAUCAGAAUACCUAUUUUUCAACAGUGGUAGAGCUUGUAAUAUAUGUGUUGAACAUUAUCUAUAAUACUUGCACCAGUGUUGAAAAGAGCUACUUAUGUUGUGACCAAGAGUAACAUGUUGGCUUUGAGGUUUUGUGUUUGUUCCUGGUUUCCUCAGUGUUGUGGUUCCAGAAGUAUUCGGGUGGUGACCAUCACUGGUAUGCAUUUCUCUGCAGGGUUGUGGGGGCGUAUUUGCAUGAAAUUUGGUGGAGCCAUUGCGGAUAAAGUUGUCAGAGUCCGUCUGCUCUGCACAGGAAAAUGUUUCUGGCUCAUAAAAUGAGACCUCCUCAGGGACCAAUAUGAACUGACAGUGGUUAACUCUGAUACACAAUAAUCUAAAUUGCAUCAAAUGGCCUUAAAUCAGAGUUUGGCAGGUUUAUCAAUAAGUUGCUUAUAAUUGGGGUGGAGGAUUAGAGGGAGAGGGAGCAAGACAUUUAUUAAGCACCUCUUACGUGCCAGGCACUAUGCUAAGCACUUUACAUAAAUUAGAUCAUGUAAUUCCUACAAGAACCAUGUAAGGAAAAUUACUAGUACUUACACUUUAGAGAUGAAGGUACUGUGAUUCUAAGAAGCUCAAUAAGAUGAAGCCCUUUCCUUCUGAUUUGGGACAGACGGGAUGAGGAGGGAUUGAAGAGGAAGGGAGGGUGGAAUUGCCACCCUUAGGAAAACUUGCAGGCCUGACUUCAUGGGAAUUGGCCAUCUUACCAUGCAUAGUUUGUCUAGUCCUGCCUCUGCAGGGUGCCAUUUGCAUGUGUUCCCAGAUGUUUUUUCUUUGUGGGGGUGAAGGGAUGGUUUUCUCAUUCACUCCUCUUGCUAAAAGAGGAGACAGGUUGAUCCUACAUAUAAAGAUGCUCUGAGACAAUGAAAAUUGGAUGUUGUACAUAUCUACAUAUACAUUUUGUGCAUGGUCACUCUCCACUGACACCUUCCAAGUACUGCAUGAGAUUUCAAUAGGAGACAAAGUCCAAAAGUUGGUUCUUAAUGAGAAAACAAGCACUCCAAAGCCGCCUGGCUGGUGCGCAGGCCCAGGUCCACAAUGACAUCAUCUGCCACCCACGGGGUCACUGCAAACUCCAAGCAGAUGUGGCUGUGUGCGCCCUGUAUGCCUGUCAGAAUGGCUGGUGUUUUACACUCUCACAAUAAAGUGAUUUGCUUGCCAUCCUCAGCCUCAAGGAGCCACAGAAGGGCCGUUUAUGCGGAAGGCCCAGGACUGAUCAUCCAUCUGACUUUUCUACCCCAUUAAAGCUUCCGUUAAAUCCCAACACUGAUGAUGGCUUGAAGUGCAAAGAGCCAUGAUGUGUAUAUAAACAUAUGUGCCACUUAUUUAUUUUUAGACUCCCCACAGCAUUCAUGUCAAUAUGGGAUAAAUGCCUAAAUUUUGUAAAUAUUGUACAUUUUGUAAAUCAAGGAAUAAAGGUUUUAAGUGUA